GGAAUGUAGGGUGUGCCUCGCCACAAGCGGUGCGACGUCUGCGCAACGAACGCGACGAUGGCAGGCCAACGGAAACUCCUGAGCGAAAUAGAUCGGACACUCAAGAAGGUGACAGAGGGUGUCGAAGUGUUCAACAGCAUCUGGGACAAGGUUUACAGCGCCGCAGGUCAGGCACAGAAAGAGAAGCACGAGGCUGACCUCAAGAAAGAAAUCAAGAAGCUACAGCGGUUCCGCGACCAAAUCAAGACAUGGAUUGGUAACUCGGACGUGAAGGACAAACGUCCUCUCACAGAUGCGCGGCGGCUUAUCGAGAGUAAGAUGGAAGAGUUCAAAGUGUGCGAGAAGGAGACGAAAACGAAGGCAUAUUCAAAGGAAGGACUGGCACAGGCAGACCGGUUGGACCCGGCCGAGCAAGCGAAGCAAAACACAAUUGGGUGGAUUCAAGACGAUCUAACUCAAUUCUCCGAGCAGAUCGAGUCCAUGGAGUGUGAGAUUGAGCGGCUUCGCGCCAUGAAAGGAAAAAAGAACAAGUCGGACAUGGAGAAUUUGGAGCUCAUCAUUGCGCGGCACAAGUGGCACGUGCUGAAGCUCGAGCAGAUUGCGCGUCUACUGGACAACGACGCCAUCGACCCAGCCGACGUCGACGGCCUGAAAGACGACAUCGACUAUUAUCUCGAAGCAAACCAAGAGCCCGACUUCAUGGAGUCCUAUGGCGAAGACGACAUUUACGAGGUUCUCGACCUGGACGCCCUAACAAACAUCCAAUUCAACGCCAACGGCGAAAACGACGACGACAGCUCGGACCAGGAAACGGAGCCGCCACCGCCGCCUCCUGCUCCUGUUUCAAACAGGAGCACCUCUACCACGCGCGCCGGAGCUUCCAACAAGAAGUCUUCAAAUCCGACCCCCGCGGCGCCACCCGCUUCUGUGUCGUCUACUGCUGGUAUUGGCCGUCCUAGCAAGGUGGAGCCACCGCCGGUGGCACCCCGUGCAGUAGUUCUUCCCCCACCAAUGCUCAAGGAACCGAUGGCCCAAGUGUUGUUGCGCAAAGAACAAGCGGCACAGGCAGAAAAGGCUGCGGCCUUGGCAGCCAAACAAAGCGAUCCCUUCCCCCCGGUUAGCGCUUCGGCUGCUCGUGAUUCAAAUUCUUCCACCCCGACCAACCAACCCUCGAGGCAACUGCCGCCUCCACCAGCGGCUACCAUCACCAAGGCUCGGCAAACUCCUAUCGUUGAAGCUGCGCAAUCGUCCCCCCUGCGAAACGUACCCUCGUCCUCGUAUGGCAUCGUGGACGAUGCGCGAGCAAAGGUGGCUACGGCCCCUUCAAGUGCCACUUCGACACCGCAUGCGUCCCCGUCCCCAGCGAAGCCGUCAUUGUCAUCGUCUCCAAACGCUCCUGCCAUUGCGACAUUGCCGCCCCAGCCCCCGAUCGUGCUGAGUGACGAGCGGCGACAAUUGCUGCGAUGGAUCGACGAAAGCUUCAAGCUCAUGCCGGAAGCUGUCGAUUCGGACAAGAGCAGCCAGAGCCGGUACGUCCCGCGCAACAUGUACCCGACGCCGCCAUCGUUUCCGUCGGUGCCGUCGCCGCUCUUUGAAAACCCCGCUGUGUUUGAAAAGCUCGACCUCGACACGCUCUUUUUCAUCUUUUACUACCAACAAGGCACGUACCAGCAGUACUUGGCCGCCCUCCAGCUCAAAAAGCAGGCGUGGGGGUACCAUAAAAAGUACAAGACAUGGUUUAAGCGUCACGAAGAGCCGCAGAUGACGGGCGACGACUUUGAGCAAGGCACGUUCGUCUACUUUGACUAUGAGACGGGGUGGUGCCAGCGCAUCAAGACGGAGUUUACAUUCGAAUACAGCUACCUCGAAGACGAGUUGGUAUAGAAUUCCCAUCAGCCAUAACAUAUAACGACCCGAUUCAAUAUGCCGCUCUCAA